CUAGAACACGAGUGGCCAUUGUUGACCUACAGGAGGGACCACUGUCACCAACAAAGGGUAACAAUCUUUCUUUUCAAUAUUUAUUUAUAUCCAAUAUUUAUUUUCAAUACUGACUAUGGAGAGAGCUCUCCUGUGCUCCAACACUGCAAUAUUGGGGGUCUUUCAAAGCACCAAGACAUAUAUUUGAAUCUGGCAUCAUUAACAUUUUUAUGACUUUCUACUUCUUUCUUUGUACUGGUCUCAAGAGCUACUCAUAAAUCUCUCAGUAACUGCAUAGUGUCCCAGGGCCAGAGACCGGCCACUCCUGGCAUUGUGAUUAGAGUCAUUUAAUAUCCAAGGUGGUGACUAAUGUCUGGCAACAGAGGCUCCAUUGGGUGUCAUGUGUCCUGGGACCCUGAGCGUGGGCACUCUAGGAGCACCUCAUUAUUGCAUGUUAGUACUAUGGCCAAGAGAAAAGUUGAGAAAGUGGUCAAGAGGUGGAUCCAUGUGAACUCCACUGGGAAAUGAGAGACCUCUUUCCCGGUCACUGUCAGUGCAACUUGAAAGCCUAAAAUCAGUUUAAAACAAAGGUAUCUACCUUUAUCUUAUGUUCAUAUCCUAGGCUUUUAAUAAUAUGUAUUUUUCACAUGUUUACAGAAAGCAGUCAACUGAGCUAUUCGUGGAAAGGUUUGUGGGUUUGGUUAACGAAGUGGAGGAGUAUUACAUUUCAGCUGGAAACACAUCCCUAGAAUGCCAAAACAUUUAUUCCAAAGUCUGGUUUCCUGGUGCAAUCGGAGGCAUGGCAAUGCCUCUGCUCAGAGACUGGGGUCUAGGGCCAGUAAGGCAUUUGAUCCACAUGUAUCCCAGAAGGCUUUUAUUGUUAAAUUAUAUUCUUUUGGAAAAACCACCCAUGUCCUAUUUUGUAAACUUGAUAUCCAUACACUUUUGACUGGCAUUCUAUUUUAGCCGUAAGAGUAUGAUUCACAGCAAGCCUGUUUUUCCUCUUGCUUGGGGUGGCAGUGGAAAGCAUAGGGUACUUUCCAGCCUCCAAGGGUAAGGGGCAAAGGGGCUGGAGUUUCUCCUCCCCAGUACAGCUUUCUCUGGCUGUGCCACGCUGCUCCCUGUGAGCAGACAGCAAGUCUCCCCUCACUCCCCACUGCCAUUCAUCCAGCGCUGUGCAGUAGCCCAGCUGCGUGUCUGCCGGGAGGGGCUGCCAAGUGCCCUGCCUACUGGCUGCUUCCCGAAUCCCUGCCAUUCCACGCACAAACACAUCCACACACGCUCUCUGCCUAGUUCACACACUGAGCCACUCGCACAUGCGAGCACAUUCCUUCCUUCCUUCUCACUGUCUCGGCCCUUGACUUCUACAAGCCCAUGGAACAUUUCUGGAAAGACGUUCUUGAUCCAGCAGGGUGGCCCGCCGGCUUCUGAGUCUUCUGCCCUGCGGGGACACGGUCUGCGCCCUGCCCACGGCCACGGACCAUGACCAUGACCCUCCACACCAAAGCAUCCGGGAUGGCCCUACUGCAUCAGAUCCAAGGGAACGAGCUGGAGCCCCUGAACCGUCCGCAGCUCAAGAUCCCCCUGGAGCGGCCCCUGGGCGAGGUGUACGUGGACAGUAGCAAGCCCGCCGUGUACAACUACCCCGAGGGCGCCGCCUACGAGUUCAACGCCGCGGCCGCCGCCAACGCGCAGGUCUACGGCCAGACGGGCCUUCCGUACGGCCCCGGGUCUGAGGCUGCGGCGUUCGGCUCCAACGGCCUGGGGGGUUUCCCCCCACUCAACAGCGUGUCUCCGAGCCCGCUGAUGCUGCUGCAUCCGCCGCCGCAGCUGUCGCCUUUCCUGCAGCCCCACGGCCAGCAGGUGCCCUACUACCUGGAGAACGAGCCCAGCGGCUACACGGUGCGCGAGGCCGGCCCGCCGGCAUUCUACAGGCCAAAUUCAGAUAAUCGACGCCAGGGUGGCAGAGAGAGAUUGGCCAGUACCAAUGACAAGGGAAGUAUGGCUAUGGAAUCUGCCAAGGAGACUCGCUACUGUGCAGUGUGCAAUGACUAUGCUUCAGGCUACCAUUAUGGAGUCUGGUCCUGUGAGGGCUGCAAGGCCUUCUUCAAGAGAAGUAUUCAAGGUAAUAGACAUAACGACUAUAUGUGUCCAGCCACCAACCAGUGCACCAUUGAUAAGAACAGGAGGAAGAGCUGCCAGGCCUGCCGGCUCCGCAAAUGCUACGAAGUGGGAAUGAUGAAAGGUGGGAUACGAAAAGACCGAAGAGGAGGCAGAAUGUUGAAACACAAGCGCCAGAGAGAUGAUGGGGAGGGCAGGGGCGAAGUGGGGUCCACUGGAGACAUGAGAGCUGCCAACCUUUGGCCAAGCCCGCUCAUGAUCAAGCACUCUAAGAAGAACAGCCCAGCCUUGUCCCUGACGGCCGACCAGAUGGUCAGUGCCUUGCUGGAUGCUGAGCCCCCCAUACUCUAUUCCGAGUAUGAUCCUACCAGACCCUUCAGUGAAGCUUCGAUGAUGGGCUUACUGACCAACCUGGCAGACAGAGAGCUGGUUCACAUGAUCAACUGGGCAAAGAGGGUGCCAGGCUUUGUGGAUUUGACCCUCCAUGAUCAGGUCCACCUUCUAGAAUGUGCCUGGCUAGAGAUCCUGAUGAUUGGUCUCGUCUGGCGCUCCAUGGAGCACCCAGGGAAGCUCCUGUUUGCUCCUAACUUGCUCUUGGACAGGAACCAGGGAAAAUGUGUAGAGGGCAUGGUGGAGAUCUUCGACAUGUUGCUGGCCACAUCAUCUCGAUUCCGCAUGAUGAAUCUGCAGGGAGAGGAGUUUGUGUGCCUCAAAUCUAUUAUUUUGCUUAAUUCUGGAGUGUACACAUUUCUGUCCAGCACCCUGAAGUCUCUGGAAGAGAAGGACCAUAUCCACCGAGUCCUGGACAAGAUCACAGACACUUUGAUCCACCUGAUGGCCAAGGCAGGCCUGACCCUGCAGCAGCAGCACCGGCGGCUGGCCCAGCUCCUCCUCAUCCUCUCCCACAUCAGGCACAUGAGUAACAAAGGCAUGGAGCAUCUGUACAGCAUGAAGUGCAAGAAUGUGGUGCCCCUCUACGACCUGCUGCUGGAGAUGCUGGACGCCCACCGCCUACAUGCGCCCACUAGCCGUGGAGGGGCGCCCAUGGAGGAGACGGACCAAAGCCACUUGGCCACCGCGGGCUCUACUUCAUCGCAUUCCUUGCAAAAGUAUUACAUCACGGGGGACGCAGAGGGUUUCCCCGCCACAGUCUGAGAGCUCCCCGGCUCCCCCACAGUUCAGAUAAUCCCUGCUGCAUUUUACCCUCGUCAUGCACCACUUUAGCCAAAUUCUGUCUCCUGCAUACACUCCGGCAUGCAUCCACCACCAAUGGCUUUCUAGAUGAGUGGCCAUUCAUUUGCUUGCUCAGUUCUUAGUGGCACAUCUUCUGUCUUCUGUUGGGAACAGCCAAAGGGAUUCCAGGGCGAAAUCUUUGUAACAGCUCUCGUUCCCCCUAUGCUAUGUUACUAAGCGUGAGGAUUCCUGUAGCUCUUCACAGCUGAACUCAGUCUACGGGUUGGGGCUCAGAUGACUCUGUGCAUUUAAGCUACUUGCAGAGACCCAGGCCUGGAGAGUAGACAUUUCACCUCUGAUAAGCACUUUUUAAAUGGCUUUAAGAAUAAGCCACAGCAAAGAAUUUAAAGUGGCUCCUUUAAUUGGUUACUUGGAGAAAGCUAGGUCAAGGGUUUAUUAUAGCACCCUCUUGUAUUCCUAUGGCAAUGCAUCCUUUUAUGAAAGUGGUAUACCUUAAAGCUUUUAUAUAUGACUGUAGCAGAAUAUCUGGUGAUUGUCAAUUCAUUUCCCCUAUAGGAAUACAAGGGGCACACAGGGAAGGCAGAUCCCCUAGUUGGCAAGACUAUUUAACUUGAUACACUGCAGCUUCAGAUGUGCUGAAAGCUCUGCCUCUGGCUUUCCGGUCAUGGGUUCCAGUUCAUUCGUGCCUCCCAUGGACCUAUGGAAAGCAGCAAGUUGAUCUUAGUUAAGUCUCCCUAUAUGAGGGAUAAGUUCUUGAUUUUUGUUUUUAUUUUUGUGUUACAAAGAAAGCCCUCUCUCCCUGAACUUGCAGUUAGGUCAGCUUCAGGACCUGUUUCGGUGGGUGCUGUACUUGGAUCUUCCCGGCGUGUGUGUGCCUUAUAUAGGGGUGAACUGUUCACUGUGGUGAUGCAUGAUGAGGGUAAAGGGUCGUUGAAAGGAGCAGGGGCCCUAGUGAUGCAUUUAGCCCUGGGGCAUGGAGUUGAACAGUGCUUGUGCAGGAUUGUUGUGGCUACUAGAGAACAAGAGGGAAAGUAGGCCAGAAACUGGACACCGUUCUGAGGCACAGCCAGACUUGCUCAGGGUGGCCCUGCCACAGGCUGCAGCUACCUAGGAACAUUCCUUGCAGACCCCGCAUUGCCCUUUGGGGGUGCCCUGGGAUCCCUGGCGUGGUCCAGCUCUUCUUCAUUUCCCAGCGUGGCCCUGGCUGGAAGCAGCAGCUGUCACAGCUGCCAUAGACAGCUGUGUUCCUACAACUGGCCCAGCACCCUGGGGCACGGGAGGAGGGUGGGGACCCUUGCUGUCACUACUCAGGCUGACUGGGGCCUGGUCAGAUUACAUAUGCCCUUGGUUGUUUAGAGCUAAUCCAAAAUCAGGGUUUGGUUUGGGGAAGAAAAUCCUCCCCCUUCCUCCCCUACUCCCACCGCCUCCACUCCUGCCAGCUCAUUUCCUUCAAUUUCCUUUGACUUAUAGGCUAAAAAAGAAAGGCUCAUUCCAGCCACAGGGCAGCCUUCCCUGGGCCUUUGCUUCUCUAGCACAAGUAUGGGUUACUUCCUUUUUCUUAACAAAAAAAGAAUGUUUGAUUUCCUCUGGGUGACCUUAUUGUCUAUAAUUGAAACCCUACUGAGAGGUGAUGUCUGUGUUAGCCAAUGACCCAGGUGAGCUGCUCAGGCUUCCCUUGGUAUGUCUUGUUUGGAAAAGUGGAUUUCAUUAAUUUCUGAUUGUCCAGUUAAGUGAUCACCAAAGGACUGAGAAUCUGGGAGGGAAUAAAAAAAAAAAAAGUUUUUAUGUGCACUUAAAUUUGGGGACAAUUUUAUGUAUCUGUGUUAAGGAUAUGUUGAAGAACAUAAUUCUUUUGUUGCUGUUUGUUUAAGAAGCACCUUAGUUUGUUUAAGAAGCACCUUAUAUAGUAUAAUAUAUAUUUUUUUGAAAUUACAUUGCUUGUUUAUCAGACAAUUGAAUGUAGUAAUUCUGUUCUGGAUUUAAUUUGAUUGGGUUAACAUGCAAAAACCAAGGAAAAAUAUUUAGUUUUUUUUUUUUUUUUUGUAUACUUUUCACGCUACCUUUUCAUGUAUACAGUCAUUUAUGCCUAAAGCCUGGUGAUUAUUCAUUUAAAUGAAGAUCACAUUUCAUAUCAACUUUUGUAUCCACAGUAGACAAAAUAGCACUAAUCCAGAUGCCUAUUGUUGGAUAUUGAAUGACAGACAAUCUUAUGUAGCAAAGAUUAUGCCUGAAAAGGAAAAUUAUUCAGGGCAGCUAAUUUUGCUUUUACCAAAAUAUCAGUAGUAAUAUUUUUGGACAGUAGUUAAUGGGUCAGUGGGUUCUUUUUAAUGUUUAUACUUAGAUUUUCUUUUAAAAAAAUUAAAAUAAAACAAAAAAAAAUUUCUAGGACUAGAUGAUGUAAUACCAGCUAAAGCCAAACAAUUAUACAGUGGAAGGUUUUACAUUAUUCAUCCAAUGUGUUUGUAUUCAUGUUAAGAUACUACUACAUUUGAAAUGGGCAGAGAACAUCAGUGAUCGAAAUGUUCGCCCAGGGGUCUCCAGAAACUUUGGAAAUCUCUUUGCAUUCUUACUUGAAGUGCCACUAAUGGACAGCAGACAUUUUCUGGCUGAUGUUGGUAUUGGGUGUAGGGACAUGAUAAAAAAAACUCUUACCUCUGCUUUCUCCCACUCUGAAGCAAGUUAAAAUUUAAAAGAUGUGAUUUAUCUGGGGCUCAGGUAUGGUGGGGAAGUAGAUUCAGGAAUUUGGGGAAUGGCAAAUAUACGAAGAAAAGUAUUGAAAGUAUUUGGAGGAAAAUUGUUAAUUCUGGCACCUGGAAUAUGCACCAGGGUUCAGUAGUCCACUUCUGCCCUGGAGACCACAAAGCAACUAGCUCCAUUUAUAGCCAUUUCUAAAAUGGCAGCUUCAGUUCUAGAGAAGAAAGAACAACAUCAGCAGUAAAGUCCAUGGAAUAGCUAGUGGUCUGUGUUUCUUUUCGCCAUUGCCUAGCUUGCCGUAAUGAUUCUGUAAUGCCAUCAUGCAGCAAUUACGAGAGACUAGGUCAUCCAAAGAGAAGACCCUAUCAACGUAGGUUGUAAAAUCUAACCCCUAAGGAAGUGCAGUCUUUGAUUUGAUUUCCCUAGUAACCUUGCAGAUACGUUUAACCACGCCAUAUCCCAUGCCUUUUGGGGGCUGAACAAAUAAGGGACUUACUGAUAAUUUACUUUUGAUCACAUUAAGGUGUUCUCACCUUGAAACCUGAUACACUGAAAUGGCCAAUGAUUUGGGCCAUUGGCUUAGAGUACUCCUUCCCCUGCAUGACACUGAUUACAGAUCCUUUCCUAUUCAUACUUUCCAAUUAUGGGAUGGACCGUGGGUACUGGGAAUGAUCACUAACCCCAUAGUAAUGUCUAAUAUUCACAGGCAGAUCUGCGUGGGGAAGCUAGUUAUGUGAAAGGCAAAUAGAGUCAUACAGUAGCUCAAAAGGCAACCAUAAUUCUGUUUGGUGCAGGUCUUGGGAGCGUGAUCUAGAUGACUGCACCAUUCCCAGGUUAAUCCCCUGAAAAGUUACUCUCAACUGGAGCAAAUGAACUGUGGUCCCAAAUAUCCAUCUUUUCAGUAGCAUUAUUAUGCUCUGUUUCCAACUGCAUUUCCUUUCCAAUUGAAUUAAAGUGUGGCCUCAUUUUUAGUCAUUUCAAAUUGUUUUCUAAGUAAUUGCUGCCUCUAUUAUGGCACUUCAAUUUUGCACUGUCUUUUGAGAUUCAAGAAAAAUUUCUAUUCUUUUUUUGCAUCCAAUUGUGCCUGAACUUUUAAAAUAUGUAAAUGCUGCCACGUUCCAAACCCAUCGUCAGUGUGUGUGUUUAGAGCUGUGCACCCUAGAAACAACAUAUUGUCCCAUGAGCAGGUGCCUGAGACACAGACCCCUUUGCAUCCACAGAGAGGUCAUUGGUUAUAGAGACUUGAAUUAAUAAGUGACAUUAUGCCAGUUUCUGUUCUCUCACAGGUGAUAAACAAUGCUUUUUGUGCACUUCAUACUCUUCAGUGUAGAGCUCUUGUUUUAUGGGAAAAGGCUCAAAUGCCAAUUUGUGUUUGAUGGAUUAAUAUGCCCUUUUGCUGAUGCAUACUA